AGAGGACUGCAGAGUGAUUCUAAGAGAAAUAGCCCUGCUGGAAGAACCGUGUGGACCUCGAGAAGUGGUAGACUCGAUUUUUCAGGAACUCGCCGACUCCCUUGGCUACGAGUUCGCGGCUGCCAGUCCCAACACAGCCCUUGGGGUGCAGACCCAUUUUAGAAGAAAGUGCCUGAAAUCAGAAACUACCAGAUCUGUUACAGAAGAAGCAGUUCCAUGAUCCCCUUGUAAACUUUGAUACUGCAAUGGCUUGUGAAAUCAUGCCUCUGCAAAGUUCUCAAGAAGAAGAAAGACCCAUGUCACCUUUUUAUUUAAGCGCUCCUGUGUCCCAAACCAAGAAUGUUCCAACAACUGGAGAGUUGUUAGAAAGAACAAUUCGGUCAACUGUGGAACAGCAUCUUUUUGAUGUUCAGGACUCUGGGGGUCAAAGUUCAGAAGAUUCAGAAUGUGGAGGACCAUCAGCUUCUUCCACAGCAGCUGCCGGGCAUAAACGGUGGCAUAACAAGGGUCAGAAUGAAAUCAGACAUAGCAGAGAAAGCAGCCUCGAGGAUUGUAUUUUGACUGCACAGGAAGCAGAAAAAUACCAGGAAAACAACUGUGUAUAUAUUGAAGAAAAUAGCAAACCUAAACGACAGAAAUCCAGUACCAGACUUUCUGAGAUUAAUGACAACCAAGAUAAUCAUGUGACUAUGGAAAGCAUCAAUUCUGCAAGACCACAGGAGAGACUUGGAUGUGAUGAUAUCCUGGAACUGAUGUCUGAUGAAAGCAAAGAAAAUAGCAGUAAUGGGAAGUACCCACAGAAUUCUCAGAUCUUCACCAUGAAAAUUCAGGAACAUCCAAGCCUACCCGAAACGAAACUCCAGAGAAACCAGGACACGGAUGUCCAGGAAGAUAGCUUUGCCACUGAAAUGCCUCAGUUGGACUUGACCACUUUGUGUAAUGAGAACAGCUGGGAAGAGCCUAUUCCUACCCUCUCCUCAUGGCAGUGUGACAGCAUUGAUUCAGAUGAAGCGCGCCUUUCCCCACAGGCAGGGCGCCUGAUUCACCAGCUUCUAGAUGAAGACAGUGACCCCAUGCUGUCCCCUCGCUUCUAUGCUCAUGGGCAGAGCCAGCAGUACCUGGAUGACACGGAAGUGCCUCCUUCCCCCCCCAAUUCACAUUCUUUCAUGAGGAGAAGGAGCUCCUCUUUGGGAUCUUAUGAUGAUGACCAAGAAGACCUAACACCUGCACAGCUAACUCGGCGGAUUCAAAGCCUUAAGAAAAAGAUCAGAAGGUUUGAAGAUAGAUUUGAAGAAGAAAGGAAAUACAGGCCUUCCCAUAGUGACAAAGCAGCCAAUCCAGAGGUCUUGAAAUGGACAAAUGACCUUGCAAAAUUCCGGAAACAGCUGAAAGAGUCAAAACUAAAGAUAUCUGAAGAAGAACUAGUUCCCCAGAUGCGCCAACGAAGCAACACACUUCCCAAGAGUUUUGGCUCUCAGUUGGAGAAGGAUGAUAAGAAGCGAGAGAUGGCAGAUAAAGCAAUGAAACCUACUGUUGAAGCCACCCUGGAAUCUAUUCAAAAGAAGCUACAAGAGAAGCGGAUGGAAACCAACCAUCCUGAGGACAUUAAGGACAUGACCAGAGACCAGAUUGCCAUUGAAAAAGUGGCUCUGCAGAAAUCUUUGUUGUAUUAUGAGAGCAUCCAUGGAAGACCGGUAACAAAGCACGAACGUCAGGUUAUGAAGCCAUUAUAUGACAGAUAUCGGCUGGUCAAACAGAUCCUGUCACGGGCCAACACCAUUCCCAGCAUUGGUUCCCCCUCCAACAAGAGAAGAAGUCCUUUGCUACAACCAAUUAUCGAAGGUGAAACAGCUUCCUUCUUCAAGGACAUAAAGGAGGAAGAGGAUGGUUCAGAAGAUGACAGCAACACAAAGCCAGACUUCACGAUCCCCAUAGAAACUGACUUCUGCUUUCUGGACCAACUUGAAGAUAAUGCCGAACAUUUUGUCUCCCCUUUGGAUGAUAAGUUACCUCCAAAAGGCAGUCAGGAUAUGAGACUCUCCAACCUUCAUGCUGCAUCUAUACAUGAGCUCUUAGAACAACUUCAAGAAGUAAAAGAAGAGAAGAAAAGAAUUCGAAAAAAACUUCGUGACUUUGAGGAUAAUUUUUUCAGACAAAACUCAAGAAAUGUCCAAAAGGAAGACCGCACUCCAAUGGCUGAAGAGUACAUUGAAUACAAACAUGUGAAGGCAAAAAUAAGGCUUUUGGAAGUGCUCAUCAGCAAGAGAGACAUUGAUUUAAAGAUCAUGUAAAAAAGAAAAAAAAAACAUCCCUUCAGAAAAGACCCAGUUGGAUUGAGUUAUUGAAGGAUCCUUCACAAGGCAGUCAGCAGCUCUCUAGGAAACUAAGAAAUCCAGCGGUGGGGAGUACAAAGGACAGCUCCGGUCAUACAGGCUAUUUGGUCCGUGCUCCAGUCAUUCACUUACGUACUGUCUACUGAGAAAGAAACUUUUGUUUAGGAAUGUUGUUGUAUCCGAGUCGAGUCAACAUUUAUGCACAUAUACAUACAUUUCACUGUGGUGCAGACUUUACUAAUAUUAGCUAUUCCAUCAUUAAGUUUAGAUACACUAACCCUACACAUGACCCACAGUUAUUCAACGUUCCGAGAAACACAAAGAACUGUUCCAUUUCAGUGCGAUAAAAAUAAGCUCAGGACUUUGUUCACUUACAGUCUGCAUGCUGUGGAGUCUUAUGUUCUCUUUGGACCCAGUUCAGUUAAGUGUUUCUGGUGAAUUAGCCCGGUAUUCUGCCUUGGCUUUCAUUGUGACAUUUUAAAUAGCACUAUGCCAUCCACCAUCUUUGUUUGUGGCCUGGCUUUUACUUCAGCUCAGGUAGAUGGCAGCUCAGACCAGAAUGACAAAUACUCUCUUGAUUCAUAUUUUUCUUUCACAUUUCUUCAACUGAGCAAUAGAUGUCAUACCUUGGCUAUGACUGGGCAGCAUCCAGCAACCCAGAUAGGAUGACGGGAAGACAGCAGAGGCAGUGACAUUAGUUGUACUGGCUUCAAGUAACUGGAGUGUUACCUGAAAAGUGAUUUCUCUUUCUGUGAUAGGUUAAAAAACAUUAAAAGUCCUCAUUUAACACUGACUCAGGCCACCCACAUGCCUAUAGCAACUACAGUUUAUGUCUGCUAUUUUCUUUUGAUUAAAAAAUAAGAUAGACAAACAUGCUGGAUUCUUAUUUUCAGUGACUGGGUAUGGGACAAGAGGUAGGUCUCUGUUCUUGUUUUCCUGAGUUAAAGGCAAAAGUGGGCUUAUAACAGGAAACUAGGAACUGAAGAAUAAGUUAUUUCUUCAAAGGUGAUCUCCAAGGCAGGAUAUUAUUCACAUCAUUUUCAGUAAAAAUAUGUAAGCAGAAAACAAUUUAUUGCUGAUUCAUUUACAUUCAUUUUCAUUGCUGGUUAUUUAUUGGAAAAUGUUCAGUAAAGCCAUCUACACUGGCUGGCUUGUUAGGACCAGGCAAUUAGACUUCAAAUCAGCCAUUUCAAAAGUUGACAUUUUAAGUGUGACAGUUCACCCUGUGAUUUAUCAGCUUUUCUUCUUAUCCUGCAUAUCAACAAAGAUCACUUUAUGGUUCAUACUCUUUCCAAAUCUAGCAAGUGUGCUUUGGAAGAACUAGAGUAGAUUUCUGAAUGCAUGGACUGAUUUCUUAAGGUUUUUUCUUCUGAAGAGGGCACCUGAUGGAUAAACACGCCUGUCUCUUUUGGAGGGCCAACCUUUGAAUUGACACAACAGUUCUUAAAGCUAAUUGAUCCAAAGUGUCAGAGGUGGAUUUCUGAUGUUAACUUUGCCAAACCACUUUCAGUCAAUGGCAUUAUAACCUCAAAGUGGCUUUUCUCCAUUUCUGUCAAUUAGUUGAAGAAUUGCUAAAAGAUGGAGAGGUGUGUCAGGGGAGAAAAUGAUCCCUUUUUUAAAAAAUGAAUGUAAGCAUGAGCUCUGUGCUAAUAAUUUCCCCAUUUUAACUCACUAUACAAUGACAGUGCAUAGCCAAAAGGUUAAUUGUGAAUUUCUAAGUUAAAAAAUGAGACUAGACAUAAUGAUUCUGGAUGCUUUGAUUCACUGUUUAUAUGACAGAUUGUUAUAACUCCAAAGAGUUACAGCUUAAGAGAUAGAAUGUAUUUUAAUGAUAGUUUCUAUUUUUGAAAUUGAAUGUGAUUAAUAAUGAAUUCUACAUAAUCAGAAAUUGUAUUUUUAAAGAAAAAAAUUGCCUCUAAAACACCUUAAAUAUGAGGGAAUAUUGAUUAGCGUAUAUUACUAUUUAACUUAUUAUACCUGAGAAUAUCUUUGAAGAAAACCUAUAGAAAAAAAAACCUUAUAUAACUAAAUUAUAAAACUCAAAACACUAAAUGGUGAGAAAACUAAUGUUACUGGCAUAUCUAAAUUAAAAACAUUAUAAAUUAACAAAUUUUCAUUUUGUUAUUAAGUAGGCCAAAAAACUUAGCAAAAUAAAUCCUUGUUUUCAGUUCUAAUUUCCACUUUAAUUUGUACUCAUUCAAAUCCUUAAGCUUAUAGAGCCCAACUUUUAAAAAUCGUUUUUAAAAUAGCUCAAAACUUAUUUGUAGACAUAUUACAUGCUGUACUGGUGUGUAAAUAAAAUAGUUAUGAGGCAAACUUGUUUCUAUUGCAACACAGUUUGCAAAGAGUUGUAUCAUGACACAAAAGUUAUUUUAUUUGAGUUUGCAUGGAUGAGAGCAAUGUGGGGUGAGUUUUUUCUUUUGCUCUGUUAGAAAUGUGCAUGUUUGUUACCAAAUGCCAACAAUAUAAAAAUUUUCAAGGUGAAUAAUAAUUAAAAGAAAAAACAAAAUAAAAGUUAUGAUUGAUUAUGAGAAUUAGGAUGGCAAAGGCUUAUAAUUUUCACAAGAAGCAAAUAUAUGCAAGAUUUUAGUAAGGGCUGUUUCAAAAUACAUCAAGAAAUAAGAAAAAAAAUUCUUCUGUAAGGGGAAAGGCUUCCAUCUUUGUACACAUUUAUUAGCUUCAAGUUCAAAGAAUGUUUGCACAGAACACCAACUCAGGCCAAACUUGAAAAACAAAAUGAAAAGAUUUGUUUGUUUGCCUUUGAUGAAAUACCGUGUUGUGAACAGCUUGUGUGAGACUAGUUUACUUCUGGAUACUUGCUUUAAUUGACAAGAGGAAAAGGCCAUUAUAGUUCCUGUAUUUGAGAGACAUGGCCUGAUCUGUAAUCUCCAUUUAAAAAUGGACGUGAUGGAUGGGGUGUAGAAAACUGUCCAGACAACAAGUAUGUGUACACUUAAGAGGAGGGCCUGUGUAUGGCUAGUACAAAUUGGGCAUUUUGAUGGUAUCUCAACAUUUUAUGUGGAGUGCAAUAUUUGGACCUCUGAGGGAUUCAAAGUUUUCUAAUGAGGAUGAACAUGCUAUGCUUUCUAUGUGCCUUGCUAAAUUGUAUUCCAAAAGGAAAAUUGAAAUUCGUGUCUCAGGGGAUUUCUGUAUGAUUGCAUAUCCAAUGCCUAUUUUAUAAAUAAAAGUAUCCAUAGAUUACUGCAAAUAUAUAAGAAUUGAGGAAAGAAUGAGAAUGUUGUCAUCAUUGCUAAGUUUGGGAUACAGUGCAAUUAGAUGGAAUGCCUUUAAUAUUGAAGAUGCCAUUUUUCUUACAUAAAAAUCAUUUAUUGUAUUGACUUGAUGACUUAGAAGCUAAGCUAGGUUUAGGCUAUUUAAUAUAACAUCAACUUGAUUUAACUAUUUCGGAACUAUUUCCAAAAGUACCUCAGAAUGUUUAUUUUAGUGAAAUGUCAAUCUGAUAAAAUCUGUUUUACAGUCAAAAUCAUAUUUUUUCGAUGACGAAACUUGUUUCUAUUGCAACACAGUUUGCAAAGAGUUAUACACCAAUUAUAUACAACAUCUUGAUUUUGUCAUUUGGCCUAAAGAAGAGUAUUUUCUAGAUGGGAAGGAAGGAAGGAAUGAAGGAAGAAAGAAAGAGAGAAAGAAAAGAAAUGAAGAAACCAGGCUUCCUAAUACCACAAUGUCCAGCCAUCAAGCUCAGAGGAAAAGGGAUAAACAGACAAAUAACACUAUGUUGUGAAAUAGUUUUAUAUAAAGCCUUGAGUGUGUUGGAGCAUCCUUCCCCUGGUUUGUUUUUUAAAGUCCUAUUAUUUUCUCUAGACCUCAAACUACAUGUUUUUAAGAACUAAGAUUUGGGAAAAAAGUUUGCUAAAAGAGAGAACUUUAUUAUUCUCUGCAAACCCAAGUUUCUUCUAAUGGUAGCUUUUAAAGGAACUGGUAAAAUGUAAUAAAAGCCAUACAACAUGUGUGGCUCAGGAUCUAUGAUCCUGAGCUUUAAACUCUGUCAGGCUUCCUCACUUCCAGAGUGCUCAUUCAGCCUCUCUGGUGAUCUCCCUGUAGUCAGAAAACAUGCUUUAUGAGGAUGGUCUAUGGGAACUGAUAGAGAUCAAGCUAAUCUAUUUAUAUAAGCAUGAGUGUAAAAUACAAAUAUAUAUAUAUAUAUAUACUUAUGUGUAUGUGUGUAUAUAUGUAUAUAUACAUUUAUAUGUCGAUUUUCUUGUAUGGAGAUGCUUGUGGUAUAUAUAGAUAUUCCUGUUUCUCCCCAGAAUUCAGAGGCCAAUUACUCUUAGGUGCACAGAUUGGUAAAAUUAGUUUGGCAGACUUUAUUUUCUAUCUGAAAACAAAUUGUGUGAUCAUGCAAAUAAUGACCCAAACAAAGGAUAAAAUUUGAGGAAAUAUGGGCCCAGAACUGUUUAUAGACAUGUAAUAUUUAAAAUUGCCCUGUGUACUUUUUAAAUGUGAACUGAAUGAAAGAUGUGUACAUUUUUGUACAUGAUUGUAUUUUGUACAAAAUUAAAGAAUAUUUUUACCUCUG